UUCAACCUGUCAAAGUCUGAGCAGUCAGGGGUCGGUCCACACCACUCUGGGAAUAUGGCACCAGUAAAAAAGGGAAUCUUGGAGCGUCUCAACGCUGGGGAAGUGGUGAUUGGAGACGGCGGCUUCGUGUUUGCCCUGGAGAAGAGAGGCUACGUAAAGGCAGGACCCUGGACCCCGGAGGCCGCGGCCGAGCACCCCGAAGCAGUACGCCAACUUCACAGGGAGUUUUUGAGGGCAGGGUCCAACGUCAUGCAGACCUUCACCUUCUACGCCAGUGACGACAAGCUGGAGAACCGGGGCAACAAGCUCACCUACACCGGUGCCCAAAUCAACGAGGCUGCCUGCGAUCUGGCCCGCGAGGUGGCCAACGAGGGCGACGCCUUGGUGGCAGGCGGCGUGUCUCAAACACCGUCCUACCUGAGCUGUAAGAGCGAGGCCGAUGUAAAGGCCAUCUUCAAGAAGCAAUUGGACGUUUUCAUCAAGAAAAAUGUGGACUUCUUGAUCGCUGAGUACUUUGAGCACGUUGAGGAGGCCGUGUGGGCCGUGGAGGUGCUGAAGGGCACGGGAAAGCCGGUGGCCGCUUCUCUGUGCAUCGGGCCCGAAGGCGACAUGCACGGCGUCUCGCCGGGGGAGUGUGCUGUUAGGCUGGUCAAAGCCGGUGCCCAGAUUGUUGGUGUCAAUUGCCAUUUUGACCCAAUGACCUGUGUGGAGGCUGUCAAGAUGAUGAAGGCGGGCGUGGAGAAGGCCGGAUUGAAAGCUCACUACAUGGUGCAGCCUCUUGCUUAUCACACCCCGGACUGCAAUUGCCAGGGAUUCAUUGACCUGCCAGAAUUCCCCUUCGGUCUGGAGCCCAGAAUCCUGACCCGCUGGGACAUGCACAAGUACGCCAGAGAGGCCUACAACGCUGGCAUCCGCUUCAUCGGUGGCUGCUGCGGAUAUGAACCGUACCACAUCAGGGCCGUGGCGGAGGAACUGGCGGCCGAGAGGGGAAUUCUGCCCCCGGGAUCGGAGAAACACGGGAUGUGGGGAGCGGGUCUAGAGAUGCACACCAAACCCUGGGUCAGAGCCAGAGCCCGUCGUGAGUACUGGGAGAACCUGAAGCCGGCUUCCGGCCGUCCGCUCUGUUCAUCCAUGUCAACGCCGGCCGGCUGGGGCGUCACCAAAGGCCACACUGAGCUCAUGCAGCAGAAAGAAGCCACCACUAAACAACAACUAAAGGAGCUGUUUGAUCGCUCAAAGAGCCACUGAGUUAAACUGUGCCGCACCCCUCAGACGUGACAGCAGAGGUUCACAUAAACAGCCGUGGACUAACACGCGUGCAAAUGUCAGCAUUUUCACUCAGCUCACCACUCAUGGGGCCUGUUCCUUACUUGAAAUUGGCACUGCUGUGUGCAACUGCUGUAAGUCAUCAUUGUAAAUUGCUAUGGAAUUUAUGUGAAGUUACAGUAACAGCUUAAGUUUGGAAUUGGCCUCUAAAUUUGGGAUUUUUUCAUGAAACAGGGCCACUUUGUAAAAUAAAGAGAUCUAAUACCAGGUGAA